AUGGGGGAGGAAAGCGAUGCUCCGUCAUCAACUGCGCCCGCAGCGACCAAGGCGGGGGGCACUGCAUCAAGCACGGAGGUGGGAAACGCUGCUGUAUUGUUGGAUGCAAGAAUUCUUCUCAGUCUCGUGGGCUGUGCAAGACACACGGAGGUGACCAUUUCCAUGCCGACCCGACCGUAA